UACAUUCCUUAUGCCUUAGAAAAACAUAUGCACUUCCAAACAUGAGGCUCAUCAAACUAGCCAUAAUAACAUUGGCAAUAAUAAUAACACUUGCUACUACAAACAUAUCAUGCCUUGAUCAAACUACACUUCCACUGCCACCGGGCCCACCGGCCGCAGCUGUUGCAGGGCAGCUCUGCAUAAGUGAGUGUGGCAGUUGCCCUGUCAUUUGCUCUUCAUCACCACCACCACCACCAUCACCAUCCACCCCCACAAUCCUCACACCACUCUUCCCUUUGUCCCCACCACGGGCCGCUAAACCUCCACCACCGGAAACCAUCCAACCGCCCCUGCCACCAUCGUCGGACCUUCCACCACUACUGCCAAUACAACCACCAUCAUCCGAAGGUUACCUGCCGCCACCUUCUCCAAAGGCGGCACAUCCACCGCCGUCACCACCACCACCACCAUCGCCGCCUUCGUCCUCGAGUGGCUCGCCGAAGAGUAGUAGUGGGGGAAGUUAUAAUCAUCCUCCUCCUAGUCCAUCAGUUUCAUUUCCAUUGGUUAUAGAUCCAGCUGGUCCUUCCCCUCCUAAUCCAUACUACUACUUCUAUGAGUCUGGUGCUGCAUUUACAUCACUUCCUUUUCCAACUUACUUCUCUGUUUUUGUAAUCUUUGUCAUUCAUAUAUGCUAUGUCUUAUCUUAGUAUGAUAAGUUCAUAUCAUUGUUAUAAUAUAGUUUUGCACUAAUAUUUUUCACAUUUUUUUUUCUUGGGUGUGGGAAAUGUAAAUUUUUAGUUCUUACUUUGGUUUAUUUUACUUUGUCAUGGACUUUGUAUGCAACCGAAAAUAUAGUCAUAAACUACUUAUUUUUGUUC